AUGGCUCCAGCAGAGGGCCAACAGGUAGAGUCACCGGCCGUCAAGAUAGACGCCGGUCUGCUCAAGAAGCUGUCCAGCAACCCUCCCACGGAGCCCCGUCUCAAACAUGGCGUCCCCAUGCAGGUUCUCCGCGCGUUGGCGCUGGGAACCUGGCUCAACUGCUGCUGCAUCGUGAUUUUUGCCACCCAGCUGGUUGGGGCUCCGCUCUAUUUCAUCAACAAACACCGCUACUAUUCCUACAUGGCAUACACCAAGGAGUGCUUUGGUCUGGUCAUCACCGCACUCACCCAAUGGGGUGCCCCGACCCUAUUUCGUGUGAGUGGUGAUGCAAGCGUCCGAGGUCAGCUCCAUCUUACCAAAGAUGGUCUGCUGGAGACUCGCUUCCCUGAGCGUUUGGUCUUAAUCGCCAACCAUCAGGUCUACACCGACUGGAUUUACUUGUGGUGGCAGGCAUAUACCAAUCAGAUGCACGGGCGUCUCUUCAUCAUCCUGAAGGAAUCCCUCAAGUACAUCCCGGUGAUGGGGCAAGGUAUGAUGUUCUACGGCUUUAUCUUCAUGGCCCGCAAGUGGGAGUCCGACAAGCCGAGGCUGCAGCAUCGUCUGGAGAAGCUGAAGACCCUGAAGACCCAACAAACUGGAUCAGAUACUAGCAAGGCGCAGUAUGAUCCCAUGUGGCUGAUGAUUUUCCCCGAGGGAACCAACUUGUCCAUCAAUACCAAGCGGCGGAGUGAUGAGUACGGCAGGAAACAAAGCUUCCCUCCGUUGAGACAUGAGAUUCUGCCCCGGUCGACGGGUCUCUUCUUCUGUCUGCAACAAUUGCGAGGGACGGUCGACUGGGUGUAUGAUUGUACCAUUGCCUACGAAGGACCUCCAAAGGGCAGCUACCCCGACAAGUACUUUACCCUCCGCUCCACAUAUGGGCAAGGUCGCCCACCAACCUCUGUCAAUAUGCAUUGGAGACGCUUCGCAGUCUCGAACAUUCCUCUUGAUGACCAAAAGGAAUUUGAUGAGUGGCUGAGAGACCGAUGGACGGAGAAAGACGAGCUCCUGAACCAGUAUUUCGAGACUGGCCGAUUUCCGUCCGCCCUGGCCGGCACCAUUGAGGCGACAGACCAGUGCUCGGAUGAGCAACGGGUGGCUGCCUCUGCUGGAUUUGUCGAGUCCAAUGUUCGUCUGCACCAUAUAAGCGAGCUCAUUUCCAUCUUCAUGGUGUUGGGCAGUCUUGCAUUCCUGUGCCGCAUCCUGGGGUCCAUGUGGUCGAAGCAGUAG